GCAACACUUCAGUUCGUCAUAAUAUUGUUCCAUUUACAAUUGCUCAAUUAAGAGACCGAAGCAACAGAAACACCCAGAACUGUAUCGAAAUGAGCCCAUUCCACAUCGUGUAAUCAACCAAACAGAUUGGAGUCAUCGCGAAGCAUUCAAAAUGCAACAUCUGUCGAAAGAAGCCAACGAGCGAAGGUAGAAAACAAACAUUGACAUAACACGUCAACGAUUGGGAGCAGGCAAACCACCAGGGAAACCAUACGGCGCGGCACUCUAAUCGCAGAGCAUGUGUUAUGGCCACGACAAGAUCCGCCGGAGAAGCCGCCACGUCCGUUAAUUCUGGAACGGGAGCAGGAAACUCAGCGUUGAGGAAGCUGUCCACGGCCAGUGGCAAUGGAAUCACAGGUGGAGCGACCGCUCCCAGCUGGCAAAGUUGCUACUACUGCACCCGGGAGCAUUUCAAGACCAUCAGCGACUUUGUCAGUCAUCUACGGAAUCGUCACUGCACUCGGGAAGGUGGCUCCUUUGUGUGUCGCUAUGGCUUCAAUGGAGUCUGCGCCUCUCUACCACUGGACGGAGUCUCAGAUCGUGACUAUGACGCCCAUGUGGCCAAGUACCAUGUCAACCAGCACACGCGCGAGAUGCCACCCGAAUGGGGUGUCUACUCGGCCGCCCAGAACCUGCCAGCAGUGCUCAACGAUCCCUCUCGCGGCAAGCAGAGCAAUCUGUUCACCAAGAAAUGGGGUGAGCACUUUGUGGAACGCAGUCAUGUACCAGUCCCCCGAUUACCGGAUAUAACGCAUGCCGAUUUUGCGGUCUAUCUGGGCAGCAUUGGGAAGCGAUAUCGCUGGCAUGAGCGACGACAGCAGCAGCUGGAGCGUGAUAAACCGCUGGAGAAUGGAGCACAAGGAACACCUGGACCGGGAAGUAGUGGUCAGACACCCACUCACUUAAGCUCGGUGCCGGAGAUCUUUUUAAAAUCACAGUUGCAGCUACAUCACCCGGCCACUUUCAAGCAGGUAUUUCCUAAUUACAUGCAAACGUCGGGUAGUAGUCCAGAAACCCAUCAGCAAACUGGACGCCAGCUGCAGGAACAGCUUAGUCACUAUCUGGACAUGGUGGAGGUGAAAAUAGCGCAGCAGGUUUCACAGAAAUCAGCUGCAUUCUUUCAUGCCAUGACGACACAGCAUGCCAUUCUAGCUGAAAUGGAGCAGGCCGCGGACCAAGUACGUCAGUUGAGAACAGCAUUGGCCCAACUCCAUAGUCACUCCGUUGUCGACAGUUUUAAAGUUCUACGUUUUGCUCAAAGAAGACAACACUAUAACCUUACACUGGACAAACUUCGACUGAUGGCCACUGUGCACAAAACGCAACCAAUGCUGCAGCUUCUUUUGGGAACGCAGGAUUAUGUGGCUGCCCUGGAUUUAAUAGGAACCACCCAGGAGAUCCUUUCUGCCGAGCUGCUUGGCAUUCACUGUUUUAAGCACCUGCCCAUGCAGCUUAGUGAAAUGGAGAAGCUAAUUGACAAGAUGCUGACCACGGAAUUCGAACGCUAUGCAGCCGCGGAUCUUAAUCGACCACUGUCAGAUGCCCUCCGAGAAACUGACAGUGUUUGCGCCGAAGAAGACAAGCUGGUGGCUAUCGUUAUGGGUCUGCUGCGCAAGCAGAACUUCUCUUUUGUCCAGGCCUACCAACAAGAAGCCAUUGCCACCAUUCGAGCCAUCGUAAAGCAACUUCUGAUUGAGGUUUUGGCGCGUAGUGACAGCGAUCAGGAGAUCAGUUUAACGGGUCACGGGGAGCAAGCCUUGGAGCUCACCCUGCCCGAGUGGAUUGCCCUUCUCCAACGCUCCAGUCAGGCCUUGGUAUCUAUUCUCGAACGAAUUAAGGCUGUAGUGGGUAUAAUGCAGCAAACAGCGGACGCAGCUGUAGGUGCUCAGGAUGCAGUGAAUCUUAUAGAUUCGGAAGCCUUUCUAAGUCCUGGCCAUCAUGAGCAGCUGAAGUCCCAGUUGCAGCAGCUCCUUCAAGCCGUCUGCAAUUACUGCCAUGAGCGUUGCGCCAAUAUUGUAUCCCCUCAGAGUUUGGAAAAAAGUUCAGCAACUGAACAGGAGCUCUCCCAGCUCUCUGAGAUUGUGGAUCAGUUUAGCGAGACCACGCGAAGCAUUUGUGGAGUGGCCAGUGUGCCCCUGCAGUUGGCCCUAAAAGUCCAAGCCUCGCGAUACGCUCAAAGAUUUCAUUCUGAACGAAAACAGAAAUUGUCCUUACUUCUGGAUCAGGAGCGCUGGCGGCAAGUGGAUAUUCCCCACGAGUUUCAGAGGAUUAUCGAACGUAUGGCCGCCGGGGACUAUGCCAAACCGGAGAUGGGUAACCUGAUAAGCAAUGGCUCGGGUAAUCCUGUACUCUUGGUGGAAGGCAAACAACCAUACACUCUGGUCAGCGCUUCACUGAUGCUUAUCCGAAUGUUGUACGAAUACGGUGGAAGUGCUCAUAGGCUGCCUCUGCUAGCCAGUUAUCAUGCCAGGAAUGUGGUGGACCUGCUACGAUGUUUCAACUCACGAAGCUGCCAACUAAUCAUCGGUGCGGGAGCUAUGCGGGUGGCUGGACUAAAAACUAUCACUAGCACCAACCUAGCGCUUGUAUCGCGAGCACUUCAACUAGUCCUUUGGCUGCUGCCCAAGCUUAAAGAGCAUUUCCAGGCGAUGAGUGGUUACGAAGCCAUCGAGCGUGACUACCAGGGUCACAUCAAGGAGAUCGAAAACAAGAUUCAUGGGAUUGUAUCCGAGAGGUUAGCAGCACAACUGGAAGCAUGGGAGGCCCGACCACCUAUACCCUCGCAGACCUUCCGUCACAUCUCCCGACAUCUGGUGAAACUUCACGAAGCCAUCGCCGGAGUUCUGCCAGAGGCACAGAUCCACGAGAUUUACAGCGUGGUACAUCGAAACUUCAAAGACAAGCUGCGGGAACAACUUCUAAAGUUGAAUGUAAACAACAAUGGAGGUCCCCAGCACGGAGUGGUGACAUCGGAGCUGACCUUCUACAUGGAGACGCUGCGCACACUAAAAGCUCUGCCCGCCGAGCAGCUAGACAAUGGGAUUCUGGAGGAGAUCUGGCUCUACUGAUCAUUCCCAAGUAUUCCAAUAGGUUGAAGCGGAAAUCCUCCGACCGCCCAGCCCAGUUCGUCUUCAUUGUUUGUUAUCCUUGUUUUAUUUAUAGAAAUUCAAUUGUCGCGUCCAUUCUGUCUAUUUUGUUUGCUACUGUACAUUGCUUGUACUUUUAUUUUCCGCCCUACAACAGAAGCAAAUAGAAAAUGUAUGUCUUUCGUUGCACAUUUUUAUGUAACACUUAAGCUUAAAGUCGAUGAAGGCUUAUGAUUAAAGAAUAGUAAAUAAUCAAAAA